AUGCAUUUAGAGAGCACAAUCCAAGGUUGUUUAACGGCCCUGCAAUUAGCAAGAGUCGAGACCACGAAUUGGGAUUGCCUGCUUGUGUUCCUGUGCUCGUCCAAGUUGCCAAAACUAACUUUGGCUCUUUGGGAACAGUCCCUGCUAAGUAAGUCAGAGAUUCCACUCUGGGCUGAAUUCCAGGCCUUCUUAAAAGAUCGUCAUCGAACGCUUGAGGCGAUUGAGGAGUUCAAGCCAAACGCGAGCGUUCAAUCCAGGGCACUGUGGGCUGACAAUAGCUCGCGGUCAAUCCAGACCUUUGUGAACAGAGUUACGGUAAACCCGCAAUCCUGUAAACUCUGCGCACAGGAGAACUAUCCAAUCCGAGUAUAUCCUCUAUUCUUACGCAUGUCAGUCGCAGAUCGAGAGAAACAUGUAAAACAGCAGAAGUUGUGCUUGAACUGCUUCGCAAGAACGCAUCUGCUCCGGGACUGCAACAGCACGCAUAAUUGCUACACCUGCAGUGGACGUCACAAUACUCUCCUGCAUCGAAGCGGCCCUCCGCCAGUCCAUUCAGUGGUUAUGCCUGACCAACAGUCCCAUCCAUCCACAGCAAUCCAGCAACAUAUACAGUCCACUCCAUCGACGAGUCAAGCGAAUGUGGAAACGUUUCUUGCCGUUAACACGCAAGGGGUCCUACUGAGUACGGCAUUGAUAGAAGUUUGCCAUUUGGGCGUAAAAUACUCAGCACGGGCUCUCAUUGACUCAGGUUCCGAGGCAACCUUUAUCUCAGAACGGUUGUUCAACCUGAUUAAGUUGCCUUAUGAGUCCAUCCAAGCGCAAGUUUCAGGGGUCAACCUUUCCGUUGCAGCUCAGCCCCGUAAGCGUUGUCAAUUCAACAUAGGUUCUCCCGUCAAGCCCCAUAUCCAAAUUGAAACCUGUGCGUAUGUGCUACCACAGUUAGCCGGGAAUCUCCCAUCCUACACUAUACCAGAGGAUUCAUUAAAGGAUCUUCCACCUCUGCAACUAGCAGAUCCAGAUUUCUACCGGAGCUCGCCGAUUGACGUGCUUAUUGCCCGAUUAGCAGUGACCGAGUCCAAACCAGACAGCAUCCUCACCAAAUUUGGGGAGGUGGAGGAUGUUCCAGUGAAGUUAGUAAAGGAAUCCACCUCGGUUUGCGAGGAGAACUUUAUCCGAUCCACCAAAAGAAGUGAGGAUGGAAGAUAUUUUGUUUCGUUGCCCUUUAAAGAGCCGGACAAUAUUAAGCUGGGACAUUCCAGACCCAUCGCACUAGCUCAGUACCUCCGAAACGAAAUGCGAUUGAGUAAAAUACUUCCAGUGGAGGAGCAGUGCGACUCAGUCAUUCAAAAGUAUUCAGAUUUAGGUCAUAUGCACCAAGUCUCUCCAAACGACUCCAGCAGUUUUCAUUACGCUGUCUUUAAACCAGAUAGCACCACGACGAAGGUUCGCGUCGUGUUCAACGCUUCCAAUCCCUCAUCAAACGGGAACAGCCUCAAUGAUAUCCUUCAUGCGGGGCCUGUACUACACUCCGAUCUGACUAGUCAGAUUCUAAAAUGGGUUUUUUUAAACUAUGUGUUUAGGGCGGACAUCACCAAGAUGUACCGGCAAAUUCGGGCAGUCACCUUCGGCGUAAACUGUGCGCCCUUCCUGGCCAUCAGAGUGUUACAGCUGUUGGCUCAGGACAUCCGAGGCCAAUAUCCUUUGGCCAGCGACAUCAUCUCGAACUCUACGUACAUCGACGAUGUGCUCGCAGGGGCUCACACUCAGCAGUCGGCGAUAACUGCCUACACCAAACGAGAGGUCUUAUCUCAGAUAGCCAAGCUUUUCGACCUAGGCUGGGAUCAACCACUCCCCACCGACCUCGUAACCCAGUGGCAAGAGUUCGUAAAAGGGUAUCCAAUUCUGAGGGAAAUUCGUAGUCCGAGAUGGAUCCGUGUAUACAAUGGCUCAAACGACCCACCGAAAUCCUCGUCGCUCAUCCGGGAGCAAUGUAUACAGAUGUCGAGUCUGCAGGGGAGGCCACGCUCUGAGGGUUUGCCAACGGUUUCUCCAACUGCCGGCUAUGAAGCGGCUCCGCGCGGUACUAAUUAA